AUGUCCCACGACACCACCGCGCCCGGCUGUGCCCAAGCCUGCUGCAAUUGCUGCUGCAAUUGGGUCGUGACAUCCAUCAUCAUAGUCACCGUGAUGCUCAUCGCCGCCUACGCCGUCGUCCUCCCGCUCCGCAUCACCGCCGAGGACGCGUCCCUGGGCCGCCUCGCCCUCGCCGGGCCCAACGGCACCGCGCUGGCGUACAACCUCUCCCUCACCGUCGGCCUUUUCAACCCCAACUGGGCCAUGCGGGCCGAGCUCACCGCGCCGCUGGAGUCCGAGCUCAGCUUCGCCGGCGUGCGCUUCGACGGUGCCCGGCUAUCUGACGCGGGGCGGAGGGUCGAGGUCCACGGGACCACCAGGUUCCGCGUGGAGGCGGGGGCUCAAAGCGCGGAUGCGGCGCUCGGGAGCGCCGAGCUGGCGGAGCUGGUGAAGGAGACCGCGGCGGGCCUGUUCGAGUCGCUGGAGCUGAAGAUCACCGGGAGGCUCAGGUACAGGCCGGUGCACGCCGGCGGGACCAGGAGGCUGGAGGCCAGGUGCCCGCUGAAGCCGCGCUUGGCCCCGCCGCCGGGCACGCACAUGCUUGUGCUGGACAGGGUCAUCAAGUGCCACCGACUUUAG